CCGCUGCAAGAAGCAAGGCCGAGCGGACGGUCGCCGGGCGUGGCUCUGCAGGUAUAUAAACCCGGACCCUCCUCUGGUCUGCACAGUCUGCACCGCCGACACAACACACGCAUCAUGUACAAGCUGGUGAUCCUGCCCCUGCUGUUCGCCGCCGUGUCGGCCGGCUACCUGGGAGGCGUCGCCGUGGCGCCAGCAGCCGUCGCCGCCCCCGUGGCCUACGCCGCCCCCGCCAUCGCCGCCGCCCCCGCCUUGGCCGUGGCCCCCGCUCUGCGCGCCGCCCCUCUGGCUGUCGCCGCCCCCGCCAUCGCCGCUCCUCUGCCCUACGCAGCUGCGGCUCCGAUCCUCAAGAUCCACUGAACGACAGGAUUACUGCAGGCGUACUGCCAUCUGUAAAUACAUAAAUGUUACGAAAUACAUAACAAAACAAACCUAA